CCAACUAAACCGGGUUGUUAUCUGACAGUAAAACGGAGACAGCUGUCAGGGGAAUAAAACAACAGAAAGCCCACAUAGCUUCAGUUUCAUCCGAACCGAACCGGUAUGCGGAUCGGACCGGGCUCUCACAAAGGCUCCGCGCAGGUUUGUGUCCACCGAGUGUCAUUUUAAAGGCACGAAUUGCCGGGAGUUAGCGGAUUCUGCAACGGAGCUAACAGGCUAACUGCUAACUAACGGUUAGGAUGUUGAAUAAACUUUAUUAAGACUCAGUGACGUUACCAGUGAUCCUGUGUGACGUCAUGGAAUCUCUUUUAGACUUUGAGGAAUGCAUCAAGGACUCACCUGAGUUCAGGCUGACUCUGGAUCAGUUUGAGGCGGAUGUUUCCCUGCUGGAGACUCAUCUGGAUAAGGUGAUGAAGCUCUGCGGGAAGAUGGUGGAGGCGGGACAAGCGUACAACGCAGCCAAUCAGCUGUUUCUGAGCGGCCUGGCUGAGCUCCUGUUGUAUCAGAAGAAGGAGUCGGUGAUGACGAGCUGCCUGAACCAGUUCCAGCAGGGUCUGCAGGAGAUGCUGAGCUUCCACACUAUGCUGCUGGACCAGAUGCAGAGAGCUAUCAUCCAGCAGCUCUCCAGCCUCAGCUCACAGUUCCGGCCGCAGCUAGCCGACACCAGGAAGGAGUUUGUUCGGAUCGGAGAGGAUCUGGAGACGGCGGCGGCGAAGAACGCCCAGGUUUCUCGCCACAAGGCGGCCGAUGCGGAGCAGGCGAGCCACCUGCUGCUCGCCACCCGGAAGUGCUACCAGCACUUUGCCCUGGAUUACUGCCUACAGCUCAACACCUUUAAAACCCAACAGAACAUCGACGUCUUGAACUCUGUGUUCUCCUUCGUCCACGCCCAGUUCACCUUCUUUCACCAAGGCUUCGACCUGCUCAGAGACCUGGAGCCCAGCAUGAAGAGCAUGGGAGCUCAGCUGUCUCAGCUUUCUGUCGCCUGCGCCGCUAAGAGGAAGGAGCUGGAGAACCGACACCUGCUGGUGCAGCAGCGGGACGCUUCGGGCGAGCCGAUGGUCAGCUCGUGUCCCGACAGCGGCGACAUCAUGCAGGGUUACUUGUUCAAACGCUCCAGGAGGAAAUCCAAGACCUGGAAGAGGUGCUGGUUCUCCAUCAGAGACAAUCAGCUGACCUACAGGAAGUCCCACAAGGAUGAUGCUGCCGUCCUGUUUGAGGACCUUCGUCUGUGCGCCGUGAAGCCGGCGGAGCAUCUGGACCGCCGCUUCUGCUUCGAGCUGCUGUCCGUCCAGAAGAGCUGCACCCUGCAGGCCGACUCGGAGCCGCUGCAGCAGGCGUGGCUCGCCGCGCUGCAGGGCAGCAUCGACCUGGCGUACCGGGAGCGUGGCGACGCCCGCCUCACCCUGCCGGGCACCGGAGACCCCGUCCCCCUGCCGGCCACACCCCUCCAGAGGCCUGCGGCGCUGGGCGUGGCCCUCGGGGGCCCCGGGAACCAGCGGUGCUGCGACUGCGGUGAGCCGGAGCCGCGCUGGGCCGCAGUCAACCUGGGAGCCACAGUGUGCAUCGAGUGCUCCGGGAUCCACAGGAGCCUGGGCGUCCACCUGUCCAAGGUGCGGUCCCUGACCCUGGACUCCUGGGAAGCGGAGCAGCUGAAGCUGCUGUGCAUUCUGGGGAACGACGUGGUGAACGCCAUUUACGAGGCCAGGUGUUCUGAGGAAGGCCGGGUCAAGCCCCGACCCGACAGCCCCAGGUCGGAGCGGGAGGCGUGGAUCCGGGACAAAUAUGUGGAGAAGAGAUUCGUCCAGCGCCGCCCUGCAGGGGCAGCCGGGGCGGGACUCCGACUCUACCGGGCCUCUGUGGCCGGAGACCUGGUUUCCAUGGCGACGGCUCUGGCGGAAGGGGCGGAGGUCAACGGCGGCGUCGCCGAGGAGGAGGGGCGGACGGCGCUGAUCGGUGCGGCGGUCGGAGGGUCGCUGCUGGCCUGCGAGUUCCUGCUGCUGAACGGAGCCAAAGUCAACCACCGAGACCUGAGGGGGCGGGGCGCGCUGCACGCUGCUGCCACCGCUGGACACACGGGUCAGGUGUGUCUGCUGCUGAAGAGAGGAGCCAAUCAGUACGCUGUGGACGAGAAGGGGCAGGACCCGCUGGCUAUUGCCAUGGAAACUGCCAAUGCUGACAUCGUCACUCUGCUGCGAAUGGCCCGGAUGAACGAGGAGAUGAGAGAUUCAGAGGGAGUCUUCAGCACCACAGGUGACGAUGAGACGUUCCAGGACAUCUUCAAGGAUUUCAGUGACAUGGCGUCCAACGACCCGGAGAGGCUCAGCAGGAGGCAGUUCGGCCGAGGAGGCGAGGAAGAGGAGGAGGAUGAAGGAGGGGGGCAUAAGAGCAGCCACUGCUGACCCUCCAGUAACCAUGGCAACGUCUCAGAGACUUUGGACCAAACCAGCGAGGAUGACGAUGAUCAGAGUUCCCAGUUCUGAUCCGGAGCGACCCGGUUCUCUGCUUCUUUAGGAGACGGGUUUUUAUCACUGUGAACGGUUCAGAUCAUUUCACCAGAACCAGAACUGGCCUGGAGGAUUCACGCUGAGGUUCUGUUGGUCAGAGGAACCCAACCGACCCGGUUCAGCCCAGAACCUCAGCUGGUUGGGUCCAGGAGAUUCUGGUUCUGGAAGGAGAUCAACACUAACCCGAUUGUUCAUCUUGUUGUUAAUCAUGAGAAUCCAGAAUGUUAGAAACAUUUCCUGGUGAAUAAAGUCAGAACCGGUUCUGAACGGGUCCAGAGGUUGUUUGUGUUCCUCUGUUUCCUUCCCGCCUCGGAUCAGAACCGACUUGCUUUCAUAACCAAGCUGCAAAAUACACAGGAGGUCUCAGUCUGACACUUUUACAGACUUUGAACUCAUCAUCAGUCAUUUAACAAUUUAGAAUCUAUUCAGAAAAAGCUAGCUAGUGCCCUAAUGCUAGUGCGCUAAUGCUAGUGCCCUAAUGCUAGUGCGCUAAUGCUAGUGCCCUAAUGCUAGUGCGCUAAUGCUAGUGCCCUAAUGCUAGUGCGCUGAUGCUAGUGCGCUAAUGCUAGUGCGCUAAUGCUAGUGCGCUAAUGCUAGUGCCCUAAUGCUGGUGCGCUAAUGCUAGUGUGCUAAUGCUAGUGCCCUAAUGCUAGUGCGCUAAUGCAAGUGCGCUCAUGCUAGUGCACUAAUGCUAGUGCGAUAAUGCUAGUGUGCUAAUGCUUUCAAAGUUAGCUUAAUCACUAAAUGAAAAGUUAGCUCCUCUCUCUUUGCACAAAGUUCAACAUGUGCCACAUGUUGAACUUCGUCUUUUUGUCGUAUUUAGUUUUAUGUGAUAAAAUCUUCAGCUCUGGGAAUAUUUAACUUUCUGGAGAGAAGUUCAUUAGUGACCUGCAGGAACAGAUAAGCUGCUUUUUAUCCAGAAAAUCAUCUCAAUAUCUGAGUUGGGGACAAACAGGACGUUUUCAUGCCCCUGCUGGCAGAACCAUGGAAGUCCUGAUUACUGCAGCAAACAUCCACCGCUGCUUUACGGGUUAAAAAACGAAAGGUAACGUGAUAAAGGGGGUUGGAGAGGCAGCCAUCUUUUCUUUAAGACACCAGAAUGAGUAAAUCCACUGAACCUUCAUUAACUAUGACAUGUUUUA